AUGGCACGCGGUUAUGCUAAGCUAAUCGUUCAUAUCUUUAAAGGUAUUCGAGGCCGCGUCCGAGCGGAAAUCUCGUCCCUGCUUGAUAGCCGGCCCGAGUUGAGAGAGCAAAUUCAACGAGAGAUUCAUAGCUUUGCUGAUGAACUCAUGGACGCCUAUAUGCUCGACGCGGCGCAAGGACUCAUGGAUGGUAUGGACGAUGAUAACGGUUCGCAGUCUUCACAAUUCGAGCCGUUCGCUGAAGUUACUGCUCUCUCACCACCCGUGGUAUUCGAGAAUACUGAGCCUUGUUUGAGUGUCGGUGGAGUCGCAGCAGAUGCAUCGCUGUCGCCUUCAGCAAGGCCAAUUCACGAAGUCGUAUCGUUUGGCCGGAGUCGAAUCAAUGAGGCUGUUCUAGAUAUACCUGAACGAGGCAAAACACCGGAACCCACACCAAAACACCAGGUUUUAGUCACGCCUGAUGUCGGAGAGACAUGCUCAUCUUCCGAUCUAAACCAAAGACUAGAUGUCACUCCAGAAUCUACGCACCAGAAUUCCUCGAGUACUGUUGCCCAAGCUUCCUUAAAUGAGUCGCCCAGCGAUCGGCGCAACCGAUGGGCGUCAAAUAAGGAUCAGCAGUCUCUAUCUCCAGAUAUUUACGCAUCUGAGGUGACGGACGAACAGCGCAGUCCCAUUAGCAGGGGACCAUUUUGCAACAGAAGAGAAUCUGUUAAGACAGUUAAGUCUCACAACUAA